UUCCUGUGUUCUGACUGGUUGACUCCCUCCACCGUAAUCUUGGUUGUUCGUGGGGUGGGUUAAGGAGUGCUUGGCUCCCAGCGGCGAUCUGUGUGUGGUUUCGGGCCCUGGAAACAUUUUGGAUUUGCUUGCAUUCCUCCUUCUUGAAGACCCGAGGUCGGCCACCAGGUUUGGGAGAUUUGAAACGCGGGGCUGAUUUUCCUCCCUGUUUUCCGGUUCUGCCCGCGGGAACCUUCGGGGAAGCGUGGAAGGAUGGGAAGGGCGUGCGCCUGCUGACCGGCCCCGUGCUGCCUCUGCGUGGCCGCGGUGUCCCGCCUUGGCUGCUGUAUGGAAUCGUACGCUUGUCACUUCAGGCCGAAGCUUUGUUUGUUAAUAGAAGUGAAACGGAUGCGUUAAGAGGGGACAAAGAUUUUAAAAGUUCUUUCCCCUACCCAACUUCCCCUAAGGCCCCAAAGACUUUGCAGAUUUAUCUAGUUUGCCGACACGAGCUCUUGAAUGUUCAGCGGACAAGGGCUUAAAUAUAAGAGAGUGGGAACUACUAAUAUUUUAAGGGAUUUGUGUGUAUUUCCAAAACUGACUUUUGACCGCCAUCCAACACCUGCAGCGUGAGAUUCCUGAGCGUCUCGCCAUCCUGCGGCUCUAACAUGUUCUGUUGGUUAAGUCGGCUGUACAGGGGUUUAUCCAGACCCACUAGAAGGACCACACAGCUGAUCUGGGGUUCUUUCUCCCGAAGUCUGGUACUGAGUUCACAGAGGAGAAUUCCAGAACUCAGUAGCUUUGUUGCCCGGACCAACACGUGUGGAGAGUUGCGUUCUUCUCACUUAGGCCAAGAAGUCACCUUGUGUGGAUGGAUUCAGUACCGAAGGCAAAACAUCUUCCUGGUCCUAAGAGAUUUCCAUGGGCUUGUUCAAGUUAUCAUUCCUCAGGAUGAGAAAAUGCCAACAGGUGAGAUUGAAAUCAAAGUUAAAACAGCUAAACUUCUGAAUUCCUGCAAGAAGCUGCCCUUUGAAAUUAAGGACUUUGUGAAGAAAACAGAGGCUCUUCGUUUGCGGUAUCGCUACUUAGAUUUGCGUGGUGUCCAAAUGCAGUACAACCUGCGACUGAGGUCCCAGAUGGUCAUGAAAAUGCGGGAAUAUCUCUGUAAUCUACAUGGGUUUGUGGAUAUAGAAACACCAACAUUAUUUAAAAGGACUCCAGGGGGUGCAAAAGAGUUUGUAAUACCAUCCAGGGAACCUGGAAAGUUUUAUUCUCUCCCUCAGAGUCCUCAGCAGUUUAAGCAGCUUCUGAUGGUUGGUGGUUUAGACAGAUAUUUUCAGGUUGCCCGAUGUUAUCGAGAUGAAGGAUCAAGACCAGACAGACAGCCCGAAUUUACUCAGAUUGACAUAGAGAUGUCCUUUGUAGAACAGACUGGCAUCCAGAGUCUAAUUGAGGGUUUGCUCCAGUAUUCAUGGCCCAGUGACAAAGAUCCUGUGGUGGUUCCUUUUCCUUCUAUGACUUUUGCUGAGGCGUUGGCCAGCUAUGGAACUGAUAAACCUGACGCUCGCUUUGGGAUGAAGAUUGUAGAUAUCAGUGAUAUGUUCAGAAACACAAAGGUUGGAUUUCUUCAGGAUGCGCUUAGUAAACCCCAAGGAACCAUCAAAGCCAUAUGUAUCCCUGAAGGAGAAAAAUACUUAAAAAGGAAAGACAUUGAGUCCAUUAGAAAAUUUGCAGCUGACCAUUUUAAUCAGGAAGUCUUACCUAUAUUCUUGAAAACCAAUAACAACUGGAAUUCUCCAGUUGCUAAGUUCAUAAUGGAGGAGCAAGGCUUGGGACUAAUCAGACUGUUGGAGACCCAAGAGGAGGAUGUGGUCCUGCUAACUGCCGGAGAGCAUAAGAAAGCAUGCUCUUUGUUGGGAAAAUUACGACUGGAGUGUGCUGACCUUCUAGAAGCAAGAGGAGUGGUGCUUCGUGACCCAGCUCUGUUCUCUUUCCUUUGGGUUGUGGAUUUCCCCCUCUUCUUUCCCAAGGAGGAAAAUCCCGAAGAGCUGGAGACAGCCCAUCACCCAUUUACUGCUCCCCACCCCAGUGACGUCCACCUCCUUUACACUGAGCCCCAAAAGGUCCGUAGCCAACACUAUGACUUGGUUUUAAACGGCAGUGAGAUAGGAGGUGGUUCUAUCCGAAUUCAUGAUGCAGAGCUACAGCAUUACAUCCUGGCAACAGUACUAAAGGAAGACGUGAAAUUGCUCUCCCAUCUGCUCCAGGCUUUAGAUUAUGGGGCGCCCCCUCAUGGAGGAAUUGCCAUAGGGUUAGACAGACUGAUGUGCCUUGUCACUGGAGCGCCAAGCAUCAGAGAUGUCAUAGCCUUCCCCAAAUCUUUCCAGGGCCACGACCUUAUGAGCAAUGCCCCAGAUUCUAUCCCGCCUGAGGAACUGAAGCCCUAUCAUAUCCAGGUCUCCUGGCCAACAGACUCAGAAACAGAAAAGAGCUCAUUGAAUCAUCCAUGCCAUCCAGAAAGUUGAGCUUUUGAGUUUUGUCCUCUUUGCUUCCCCAAGGCUAAAAUCAGAUCUGGAGUUCAGCCACAGAUCUGACUUCAAGUUUUUAAAUGGAAGGAAUCCAGGCAACAUUCUUCACCUCAAUGAAGAAACAGAUAAAAGGUAUCCAAUUUUAACGAGAGCAUGCAUUAUUAGGAUUAUUUUAUUUGGGACUUUUUUGAAGUUUCUUUUUACUUGGAGAGGUGUGAAACAUGGCUCUUUGACAGAGUAACAUAAUGGCAUAGUGUUUUCUAAUCAUGUUUUUCAUACCCAGAUAGUAGAUUGUUCUCUUCGGACAGAGGUAGUCAAACCAUAUGUGAAAUGUGGGAAGAUUCUUGCCCCUUUAGACUGGUCCGUUGAUGGAGGGGUCAGUUCAACCAGCCUCAUCAAGAGAAUCCUAUAAAGUAAGCUGGAUAAUGACAUUUCAGCUAUCAACAUAAUAUAGUGAGAAGCAAUAUGAUAUAAAGUAAAAAGUCACUGAAAUAAAAGUCACAAAAUCUUAAUCAGUGCUUUACCUUGCAAGUUGUAUAAACCUCUCUUAGUGUCCCUUCCUGCAUGUGUGAAAUGUAAACAGUACUUGCCCUGGCUCCCUCACUGGCCUCUUCAUGCCAGAAUCCUAGGAGGUAAUAUAUGUGGAAGAUAGUGUGAGUGAAAAUGCUUUGAAAAACUUUAAAGCAUUACUUAAAUGUAAGAUAAUGAUAUUAUCCAUCUGUAAACAGUAUACAGAUGUAUCUAUGUAUUUUAUAGUUUAAGGUUAAACAAAACUGACAUCUGUGGUAAAAGGAAAACAAACAGUAAUUUCAUUAAUCAGUAUUCUGCUUAUAUUUCUAUUUUUUAAAAUAAUCAUUAAUCCCUGAAUAACACUUUCCCUCAAUUAUAAGUAAUUGAAAAUAUUAAUUGACCUUAAACCAACCUCAAAUGUAGAAAAGUGAACACUGAAACUCAUUGUGAUUUUCUUAUACGUUCUGUUGACACAAAUAAAGGCUUAUAAUUAAUUAGUAAUUAUAAAAUGGGAAUAAAGCCUU